GUCCUCCAUUUCUGCCCCCUCUUUCCAGCCUUGCCGCAUUUAUUCGCAUCGUCGGAGGCGGUUUGAGAGUAACUGCUCGCACCUGAUUGCUCUUAACAAUCACGAUUUUGGCAGAAGAGAAGCUGCACGUCCAGCGUCCGCUAAUUUUGGCUUGGUCAGGUGGAUAUAUACCCUACACAACCCGAUCAUUAUAGCUUUCCGAGUCACGCUGGAUUACUUGUUUAUUCUGAUUCGCCUUUUUGAGAUAAUUUUCUUUUUUUAAAAAAAAUUCCUAGUUAUACAUAGGUGCCAAGUUUAUUUUUUCCUUCUGCGUAUGAGCCACAAUUACGCAUGGGAGGAGACUUAUAAAUGCUCUGCCAGCACACUGAUCCAGUUCAGGUCCAGCAGCCUCUCGGACUGUCCACGAUCCCGUUUUUGCGUAAAAGAUAAAAUAAAUAUAAAAAUGAGGCGAUUUGUUUUCAUUUGUUUUUGGCUCACCGGAGAUUUUCAACCGGUCCUCAGCGUAGGUUUGAAGGAUACACCGACGCUUGGAAAUACGAAAAGUAACCCCAGAGUUCUCAGUAAAGAUAUGUUCAGUGCUGGAUUUAGAUACCAAACCUAUCAGAACCACACUGUGUUCCUGUAUGAGGAAGACUCCCAGGAACUGUACGUGGGAGGAACGGGCUUUGUGUUCAGACUCAGUGUGCCAGACUAUCACAUCAUAGAGGAAUAUCCUCUGAAAACGAUGGAGCAGCAGAGCCAAGAGGAUCCUCGUAAAAGUGUCGUCACUGUUAUUGAGAAGCUUAAGGACGGCAUUUUUGUCUGCGCAACAGAUGAACAGAAUCCUCUGUGCUGGAAGCUUUCUCAAAAGGAGAUAAAAGAUGGGCACGGUAUCUCUCCAUUUGUCCACACACAGAACUCUCUCCUACUCACAAUUGAUGGGGAUAUAUACGCAGCAGCACCUUUGGAUGCUGAUGGAAGCUCGUUGCAGUUCAGAAGAAAAGCUGGCAGCAGAAGCAAUGUGUGGAUGUAUGACAGCUGGGUCUCAGAGCCCACGUUCAUCUCUGCGUCAUUGGUUCAGCGAAAGCUUGACCCCGACAACGAGAAGAUUUACAUCUUUUUCCGAGAAAAGAACUCAGACACCAGCCCAGAGGCUGACCCCUGGAUAUCUCGGGUUGCUAGAGUUUGUAAGGUAGAUGAAGGCGGAUCAAAAAGAUUUUUCCAGAAUAUAUGGACAUCUUUUCUCAAGGCUCGACUUGUCUGCGGUUUUCCAGACGAGUCGUUGUAUUUCAGCCAUCUCCAAGACAUUUAUGUGAUGCACGCCGAGGACUGGCGUGAAACCAGAGUUUAUGCCCUUUUUACAAGCAGCUGGAACUCGACAGCAGUUUGCAUCUACACAAUAGCAAUGAUUGAGGACGUGUUUGAAAAUUCAACUUUCAAGGGCUACAACAAAGAUAUUCCCAGACCAAGGCCAGGAACGUGUGUAAAGAACAGCAGGAAUCUGCCACAGGCCACUCUCAAUGUGGUGAAGGACUACUCAGAGAUGACAGAUUGGGUUCAUUCGGUGCAUAAUACAGCUCCUUUUUAUAUAAGCAGCAACAACUACACGAAGAUUGUUGUGGACCAAGUCCAAGCCACAGACAAGCGCGUGUAUAACAUUUUGCUUCUAGCCACUGAUUCUGGCAAGAUCCAUAAAGUCUUAGAGGCUGGGUCGGAGCCGUUCAUCAUCUCUGAAACACACCUCUCCAACAUUUCAACCAUACAAGUGAUGAAGCUCGACUCCAAAAAGAAAAAGUUGGUUUUGGGUUUUUCGGAGAAGAUUUCUACCAUGGACCUCCAGAGAUGUCAGGACUACAAUAACUCUUGUGCAGAUUGUGUUCUGGCCCGUGACCCGUACUGUGCUUGGACUUCAUCUGGAUGCACCUCGGCUGUCAAUGGGGGCAUUCAGAGUAUCAUGGAUGGACGAAUAAGUGUGUGCCCUACAGCAUUACAAGAGCAAAAGUCAGCGAAGCGGCCCAAAAGGGAGUCCUCUUCACCAUCAUCAGUGGAUUCAGGGACAGUCCAUUCAGUCCCUCAGGGUGUCCCCUUCUACCUGUCCUGCCCCAUAGACUCCUACCACGCUGAGUACACCUGGGAGUACGGAAACCGGAGAAGCCCAUGUCUACAAAUGCUCUCUGACUGCCUCCACCUCAUCCCCUCCAUGACAGAAGAAAACUAUGGCAGCUAUAAGUGUGUUUCCAAAGAGAAAGACUACACCAAAGUGGUGAAAAGAUAUCAGCUAAAAGAACAAAUAAUACUACAUGAAAUGAUACCUAGAAGCAAUACUCCCAAAAUGAAUGAUGCAUCAGCUCUUGUUCCACAAGUAUGGAUCACUCUAAUAGCUUUAGCACUGUGGGGGAUGUUCAGAUAGUGUCAUAUUUCAAAUAAUAGUGUGAAUGUUCUCAGACCCUUUGGUCUUUCAGUUGCUAAUCAGAGCAGGAGAUGGAGGCAUGGCUGAAGGAAAUCCAGCUCAACAGCAAAGCUUGCAGCUGAACAAUUCAAACAGGAUCACAGCUGUGGUGAACUUAGUCUUUUUGUGCUUCACUUAACACCGCUGUGUUUAGCAGAAUAGUAGGGUCUGAGUCGACAGGAACCCCCCCAUGGCCAACUUUACUUUUUCUUCUGUUUUUUUUUUUUUUUUAAAGAGAUGCCAGAACAGGAGGUAGUAGGGGGUGGUGAAGGAUGACCGCAGCACAACUGGUCAGCGACAGAACACAGCUUGAAUGAUCUGAGGAGGUCUGGCCUGCUGGUUUUUGUUUGGAUCAGGAAAUGAUCAGUCAGGGACCUCCUGCACGAAGAUCUGCAACAGCUGUGCUUGUACUCCUUUCGGAGCCAUGAAAGAAAAAGGUGUAAGAAGUAAUUUGUGGGUAUUCCUUUAAAAAUGAGGGUUGUACAAUCACACCACUCAAAUGAUACACCCAUACACGAUGUUUUGAUCUUAAAGUGUGAAAGCUUCCAGUCAGAGAGCCACAGUGGUUUUGCUACAGUGGAGUAUUGUGAUUCCUGCAUAAGGAAUGCUGGGGCCAGCUCUCGUCCUCAGUAGUCCAUUAGAGGCCAGAGAAAUGUAAAGCUCCCAUGUAAUUUUCCUCAUUCCGGUCCACUGAUGACAGCUUGUUGGUAUCUGAUGGAGGAGGGAAGGGUGGAGAUAAGGGCGGAGAUAAGGACUUUGACUGAAAAUUCCUGUUUUGUUUUUUUCCCCCCCCAACACCACAGAAACACCAAAUGCUCAGAUAGGUGUUUGAAAAAUGUGCAAUGAAAUGUUUUUGAGCUGACUGGGUCUUGCUAUCAGCGCAAAACAAAUGCCAUUAAUUCCUGUAGUGGAAGAGCAGAUAAGUUGCCCUUCAUGGAACAUUCUCAAACAGAUUUGCGAUGGUUGUUGAAAGUGAUCAUUUUGACUUUGCACAUUUGUCACUGAAGUUUUGAACAACCUGCUUUUGUAGGCAGUUAUUUAUAUGAAAGACUACGUAACUGAAGUUAGAGUAGCCAUUGUUACCACAAAUAACAGUAACGAGGUCAAGGUAAAUGCGAAAACUUCGUCCGUAGAAGUGCCUUAAUAAGCGAUGUGGCUCAUAUACUAGCUAACAUUUAGCAAUGAAAAGCUGCAAGCAAAACCUUUUGAGUACUGAACUGUGUCUUCUAUGACUUUUACUGCAAUGAAUUCAAUUUGUCGUUUGUAUGCGAUUGAAAUGGUUGUUUCUUCUUUCAAUAAGUACUUUGUCUCACUAAACGCUGCUCUGUUUAGAAACCACACACAGAAAUAUUUAUUAUAGAACUUGUAUUUUGUUACAAUAUUGAGUUCUAAUUUCAUGCUGCUAUGUAUAUAUGUGUAAACAAUGAGUCUGUAUAAUUUCAAAUAUUUUAUUUUUGUUCUAUAGAAGUGCUUGAAAAGUGUAAAUAACUGGAUAAUACUGAUGAUCAUAAAUACAUAUGAAUAUUGUUCAUUUCACUAGAUAUGGAAAUUAAAGCUGAAAAUCCAUUA